GGGGUCUGGGGGCACAAUAUGUCCCUUCUCUUUGGGCCUCCUUUGUGCAUUGGACCUUUUGGGAGGCAGAUUAGAGUUUCGGGGGCAGCCCCAGCCUGGCAUUGCCCAAUCGGGGCUGCCAGGCCCAUCCCGGGGCUGGGGCUGGUUGUUGCUUCAUUCAGGGCUGCUGUCUGUGCUGGGGGAGGGGGAGGCGCUGGCCUUGGCAGGCCAGAUUCCUGCCAGAGCAACUGAAAGGAGGGUGGCCCAGCGGGCCCUGCCAGACUGGCACGUUCUCAUCGGCUCCCAGGAGCCUGUUCUCCACACCCCUUCCCUGCCUGGCCCUGUGUGAACUUGUCUCCUAUAGCUGUGUCCCCACACACACACACACACACAUACACACCACUCCACCUUUGAGUGCUGCUGUUCGUACAACACGCCAUGCACCACUCACUGUGCACACACAAUACGCUAGAUACACAGCCACACAACACAAACACCACGGUGCCCACCCUUCACCCCGCUCCCCCUGCACAGUCACACACUGCCCCAGGCCCAUGUGGCGCCACAUCCACGGCCACAACCCCACACCUCCUCAAGCCUCCCGGGACACAAACGUCGCACCAGCACAACACACUUCGGGGUGUCACAGCAUGUGUACCCCAACUUACCACCACAUGCACACUCUGACAUCACAGAGGCUUGCCAUGGUCACAGCACGUGUGCCCACAGACACCACGGCCUGUUCAAGCCUGGUGUGCCAGCCCCGUCACCCACACUGACACUCUCGGGGUGCACAGGCCAAGUGCCCCUCCCCCUGAGCACUUCAGCAACACCCAGAACCCGGCCCUGGGCGGCCACACACAGAGCAGGCGCCCGGACUGCAUGCAGGGUACCCUGCACUAAUUUGUGUCCCUGUCUGCACACACACACACACACACACACACACACACACACACACACAUAUACACACGCCAUCUCUCUGGGCACCCUGACCCCAGUCCUGGCCCAGAGCCCAGGCCAGUCCUCUCUGCCCAGUGUCCAGUUUCCUGAUCUCAUGGGUCUAAGCCAGAUGCCAGCUUGCUUGCCCCCAAGGUCACUGCCCCCUGGGGGAAGGCCGAGGGCCAAACCCAGAAGGCCCUGGGAGCCGCCGGGCUGGCCUCGGCCCUGGAUGUGCUCGCAUAAUCCCUGUAAUCACAGUGCCAUGCUUGGCAUCAUGCCCCUCUGGGAACCUCCACCCUCUGACCUGGAUUGUCCCCUGUCCUUCCUGGGGAGGGGGAGGUAAGUCUGGAAGCUGAGAGAGACGUGGAUGGCUCCCCACAAGUCUCAAAGACCCUGCGGGUACACUUGCCCCAGGCUGAGCCCUGCGGGAGUGACAGGGCAGGAUCUAGGGCUCCCCAGGAUCUCUCCCUGCCAGGGCAGAGGAUGGCUGGGGUGGGGAGAGGGGCCGCCUUGAGCUGCGUUAGCUGUGUUAGCCAGAAGUUCGAGUUCAGGCGGGCAGGCAGCCCCAGAUGUCAGCAUCUGGGGCCCUCUGCCGGCCCCCCACCCCAUCCUAGGCCAGCAAGAGGGUGGGGCCCAGGCAUUCCUGUGGUUGGGAGCCAAGGCUGGAGGCCAAUGGGGCCGCGGCAGCUGCUGACGCCACCGCCGACGCAGCGAGGCCCCUCCACACCCAUCUUCCCCUCCCUCCUCCUCCUCCCGCCGGCCGGAGAGGGGGAGAGAGAGAGAGAGAGAGAGCGCGCCAGCCGGUGGGGGCUGAGGGUGGCCGCAGGGAGGGCAGCCUGGGGGUGGGGGGGAACGGAGGCUGGGCUGACGCUGAGGUCGGUGGGGGUUAGCCCCAAGCAGGGGGGAGGGCGGAGGCUGGCCGAGAUGCUGCCGCCACCGCCCUGAUGCGCGGAGCCCGGGGAGCCGGCAGGAUGGCAGGAGGGAGAGGCCUACUCCCAGGAUGCCUACCUGAAGGGGAACGAGCCGUAUUCCGGAGAGGCCCGAAGCAUCCCAGAGCCGCCCCCAAUCUGCUACCAUCGCAAGACUUACGCCCCGCCAGCCCGGGUCUCUGCCUGGGCCACUAUGGUGCCUGAGCCCCUCUCAGCGCCGCCCAGUGACCCCCGGAGUCCUGCUGCCUGGAGUGACCCGGGGCCCCGUGUCCCUUCCGCCACCCGCACCCAUCCGGACAACCCUUCCUUGGGGAUGAGCCAGCCCCGCCCCAGCCCUGGUGCCUUCCCCCGCCUCCCCUCGGAGCCCCGGACGCCCCGUGCCUUCCCCGAGCCUGGCGGCCGGGUGCCCCCCAGCAGACUGGAAUGCCAGCAGGCCUUGUCACACUGGCUGUCAAACCAGGUACCCCGCAGGGCCGGGGAGAGACGGUGCCCUGCCAUGCCCCCCCGGGCCCGCAGUGCCUCCCAGGACCGGUUGGAGGAUGUGACUGCCCACCGCCCAUGGCCCUGCUCCACCUCCCAGGGUGCCUUGAGCCAGCUGGGUCAGGAAGGCUGGCAUCGGGCUCGCUCUGAUGACUACCUGAGCCGGGCCACCCGCUCCGCCGAGGCAUUGGGGCCGGGAGCACUGGUGUCACCCCGUUUUGAGCGCUGUGGCUGGGCGUCCCAGCGUCCGUCGGCCCGCACGUCUGCCUGCUCCUCCAGGGACCUUCCUGCGCCCCAGGCCCAGCCCCCACCUGGCCUCCAAGGCCUGGACGACAUUGGGUACAUUGGAUACCGGAGCUACAGUCCAUCAUUCCAGCGCCGGACUGGCCUCCUGCACGCACUGUCUUUCCGGGACUCACCCUUUGGGGGGCUGCCCACCUUCAGCUUGGCUCAGUCCCAGGCAUCGUUCCCACCAGAGGCCUCCGAACCGCCCAGGGUUGUCCGCCCAGAACCCAGCACCCGGGCCCUGGAGCCUCCUACCGAGGAUCGUCGCGACGAGGUGAUCCUGAGGCAGAAGCCUCCCACAGGCCGCAAGGUCCAGCUGCCCCCUGCAAGACAGAUGAACCUUGGGUUUGGUGAAGAGUCCCCAGAGCCAGAGACCAGUGGGCGAGUAGAACGCCUUGGCAAGAAGGUGGCCCCUUUGGCCACCACUGAAGAUUCUCUGGCUUCCAUUCCCUUCAUUGAUGAACCCACCAGCCCCAGCAUUGACCUCCAAGCCAAGCAUGUCCCCGCCUCCGCCGUGGUCUCCAGCGCCAUGAAUUCAGCCCCUGUCCUGGGCACCAGCCCCUCCUCCCCAACCUUCACCUUUGCCCUUGGCCGCCAUUACUCCCAGGACUGCAGCAGCAUCAAGGCCGGCCGCCGUUCCUCCUACCUGCUCGCCAUCACCACAGAGCGCUCCAAGUCCUGCGACGACGGGCUCAACACCUUCCGGGAGGAGAGCAGGGCUCUGAGGCGCCUGCCAAACCGAGUCCCCAGCCUGCGGAUGCUGCGAAGCUUCUUCACUGACGGGUCCUUGGAUAGCUGGGGCACUUCCGAAGACGCAGAUGCUCCUUCCAAGCGCCACUCGACCUCUGACCUCUCGGACGCCACCUUCAGCGACAUCAGGAGAGAAGGCUGGUUGUAUUAUAAGCAGGUCCUCACCAAGAAGGGGAAGAAAGCUGGCGGCGGCCUGCGCCAGUGGAAGCGGGUGUACGCCGCGCUGCGGGCGCGCUCCCUCUCGCUGAGCAAGGAGCGGCGGGAGCCCGGGCCGGCGGCGGCGGCGGGGGCGGCGGCGGCCGUCGCAGGUGAGGACGAGGCGGCGCCCGUCUGCAUCGGCUCCUGCCUGGUGGACAUCUCCUACAGCGAGACCAAGAGGAGGCACGUGUUCCGGCUGACCACCGCUGACUUCUGUGAAUAUCUCUUUCAGGCUGAGGACCGGGAUGACAUGCUGGGCUGGAUCAGAGCGAUCCGAGAGAACAGCAGGGCCGAGGGCGAGGACCCCGGCUGUGCCAACCAAGCUCUGAUCAGCAAGAAGCUUAAUGAUUAUCGCAAAGUAAGCCAUAGCUCUGGGCCCAAAGCUGAUUCCUCCCCCAAAAUCUCUCGUGGCCUGGGGGGCCUCAAGUCUGAGUUCCUCAAACAGAGUACUGCACGUGGCCUCAGGACUCAGGACCAGCCCGCAGGGAGCAAGGAUGACAGUGCCGCCCCUCCCAAAACCCCCUGGGGCAUCAACAUCAUCAAGAAGAACAAGAAGGCAGCCCCUAGGGCAUUUGGGGUCCGGCUAGAGGAAUGCCAGCCGGCCAUAGAGAACCAGCGGGUCCCCCUGAUCGUGGCCGCAUGCUGUCGCAUUGUAGAGGCACGGGGGCUGGAGUCCACAGGCAUUUACCGGGUGCCAGGCAACAAUGCAGUGGUGUCCAGCUUGCAGGAGCAGCUCAACCGUGGGCCCGGCGACAUCAACCUGCAGGAUGAGCGCUGGCAAGACCUCAAUGUGAUCAGCAGCCUGCUCAAGUCCUUCUUCCGGAAGCUGCCUGAGCCUCUUUUCACUGACGACAAAUACAACGACUUCAUUGAGGCCAAUCGCAUCGAAGACUCAAGAGAGCGGCUGAAGAGGCUCCGGAAGCUGAUCCGGGAUCUCCCAGGACACUACUAUGAAACACUCAAAUUCCUCGUGGGGCAUCUGAAGACCAUUGCUGACCACUCGGAGAAAAACAAGAUGGAGCCCAGGAACCUGGCCCUGGUCUUCGGGCCAACGCUGGUGAGGACAUCUGAGGACAACAUGGCGGACAUGGUGACCCACAUGCCAGAUCGCUAUAAGAUCGUGGAGACGCUGAUCCAGCACUCAGACUGGUUCUUCAGCGAUGAUGAGGACAAGGGAGAGAGAACUCCCGUGGAUGACAAGGAGCCUCAGUCAGUGCCCAACAUUGAGUACCUCCUGCCUAACAUUGGCAGGACAGUGCCCCCUGGGGACCCAGGUUCAGAUUCCACCACCUGCAGUUCAGCCAAGUCCAAGGGCUCGUGGGCCCCCAAGAAGGAGCCGUACGCCCGGGAGAUGCUGGCGAUCUCCUUCAUCUCGGCGGUCAACCGCAAGCGGAAGAAACGGCGGGAGGCGCGGGGGCUGGGCAGCAGCACCGACGACGACUCGGAGCAGGAGGUGCACAAGCCCGAGGCGCCGGCGCCGGGGGCGCGGGACCAGCCCGAGGGACCGCUGCCUGGCGCCGCCGACGCCCCCGCCGCCCCCGAGGCCCCCGGCCGCCUCAGCCCCCCGGCGGCGCCGGACGAGCGGCCGGCCGCGGACACGCGCUCCAUCGUCUCGGGCUACUCCACCCUGUCCACCAUGGACCGCAGCGUGUGCUCGGGCGCCGGGGGCCGGCGGCCGGGCGCGGGGGACGAGGCGGACGAUGAGCGCAGCGAGCUGAGCCACGUGGAGACGGACACGGAGGCCGGCGCGGGGCCCGGGGGGCGCCCGGCGCGCCGGCCGUCCUUCAGCUCGCACCGCCUCAUGCCCUGCGACACGCUGGCGCGCCGCCGCCUGGCCCGAGGCCGCCCGGAUGGCGAGGGCGCGGGCGGGGACACGGGCGCGAGCGCGGGGCGCGGCGGGGUGCGCGCCGCGGAGCCUCCGGGUUCGGCCUCGUCCAGCAGCCAGGAGUCGCUGCGCCCCCCGGCGGCCGCGGCGGUGGCGGCGCUGGGCUCGCGGCCGUCGCGCAUCGAAGCGCUGCGGCUGCGCCUCCGUGGCACUGCCGACGACAUGCUGGCCGUGCGGUUGCGGCGACCGCUGUCGCCCGAGACGCGGCGGCGCCGGAGCAGCUGGCGACGCCACACGGUGGUGGUGCAGAGUCCGCUGACCGACCUCAACUUCAACGAGUGGAAGGAACUGGGCGGCGGCGGCGGCCCCCCGGAGCCCGCGGGCCCUCGGGCACACAGCGACAACAAGGACUCAGGCCUCAGCAGCCUGGAGUCCACCAAGGCGCGGGCCCCGUCGUCCGCGGCCUCGCUGCCGCCCGGGGACCCGGGGGCCUUGCAGAGCCAGCCCUCGCGCCGCUCAGCCGCCUCGCGCCUCCAUCAGUGUCUGUGACCAGCCCCCCUCCCCCCGCCCGGUUCCCCUCCCCCAGCCUUCUCUGGCUUGCGCCUCUUCUUUCGUCCCCCCCCACUCCCCACCCCCCCGCGCUGCGUCUGGCGCUGCAGGCCGCGUCUGUCUAGUUUGUGUGCGGGGAUCGGGAGGAGGUGGGCCGGCUAGAAGGCCUGGCUGAGCGAGGCGGGGGCGGGAGGGGAUCCUGGAGGGGACAGGCUGCUGGGGGCUCGGUGACAGAGUGGGCCCUUCUGUGUCUGCACUUAGAGACCCUUGUUGGCCAUGGGAUGCGGAUAGGGAACGGCCAAGUCUCAGACUAAAGGAAAGACGCGGGGUGAUGCUGGCUCUCGGCUCCUUUCCUCUGCCCCUGCCGUUAGCUCCUAGCUCCUCGCUGAGGGAAGGGAGUGUAUAUCUGUCCGGGGAGAGGAGAUGGAGGGUGUCCACGGGGGGAGGGAGAGCCUGUGUGGCAGUGCGCUAGUCACCGUCAGGAGGUGUUUUGGUAGCAACUUCUGCCACUCCUGCCCCCUUCAUUCCCCCACCGGCCACACCGCACACAUCACAGCGAGGCUCCCUACCUUUGCUGCCUGGGGGAUCCUGCCCUCUGCUGUUUGUCAGAGCCGGGGAAGGAAGUCAGGGCCACUCCACAGAGGCAGGACUGAGACUCUUCCCAGGCUUACUCCCCUCACCAGCUUUUUGCCAACCUGGAAACCACCCUCACUAAGCGUAUUGACCAUGGGGAGCUAGCUGCCAGCGCCCCCCCGCCUCAACCUCCCUUGCCUGCCUUGUCCUUCUUCCAGCGGUGCCUGCUUCUUCCACAACUCAGGCACACAGACCCCACCUUCUUCCCUGGAGGAGGCGGAGGAAACUUCCCUGGUGUCUCACUCGCUCUCUUUCUCUUUCUCCCUUCCUCCCUCUUUCUCACACACCACACACGCACACCACACACACACACUGAUUUAUGGGAUCUGAGCGGGGCUGUUCCUUCAGGAUGGGCGGGACCCAGCCCCCUCUUCUCCCCACACUCUGUAAAUAGACCUCAGACCACCAGGCCUCCCCACACACGCCCUCACUUAUUCCAGGGAAGGCCGGGGGGGGGGGGGUGUGAACCCCAUUGCCACAGUCUGUCGGUCCUCUUGUUUUAUGCAAAGAUUUGCUGUAAAGUAGAUUUCUCUCUCCUCCCUCCCUCAUCCUUUUAUUGUAAAUAUUGUCUUUAAAUGUGUAACAUAUUAUAAAGAAUUUAUAAGGAUUUUUAAAGAUGUUUUGCUCAUUUAAAAAAGUGUUGUAACAGUGUUGGAUAAGCCUCUGGCCCCACGUACGCAUGUCUCCUUUCACUGUGUCCUCGACACACCUCUCUAGGCGACAACUAAGAUUUCCUGCUUCUGAAAAGUCCUGUCUUAAAAGUAUAGUCUCUAUCUUGGAAAUAAAUGGCCUUCCUUGAGGCACGAA